AUGCAGGGAGCCUGGGUGCUGCUGUUGUUUUGGGGUCUCAGGAUCCAUCUGUCCUUUGGUGUCAUCCCAGUGGAGGAGGAGAAGCCAGCCUUCUGGAACCAAAAGGCAGCUGAGGCCCUGGAUGCUGCCAAAAAGCUGCAGCCCAUUCAGACGUCAGCCAGGAACCUCAUCAUCUUCCUGGGAGAUGGGAUGGGGGUGCCUACAGUGACAGCCACCAGGAUACUAAAGGGACAGUUGGGAGGUCAUCUAGGACCGGAGACUCCCCUGGCCAUGGACCGCUUCCCGUACAUGGCUCUGUCCAAGACAUACAAUGUGGACAGACAGGUCCCAGACAGUGCAGGCACAGCCACCGCCUAUCUCUGCGGGGUCAAGGCCAACUACAAGACCAUCGGCCUGAGCGCAGCUGCGAGAUUCGACCAGUGCAAGACCACAUUUGGCAACGAGGUCUUGUCUGUGAUGUACCGUGCAAAGAAAGCAGGGAAGUCUGUGGGAGUGGUGACCACAACCAGGGUGCAGCACGCCUCUCCAGCUGGUACCUACGCACACACGGUGAACCGUGACUGGUACUCAGAUGCGGACAUGCCUUCUUCUGCACUGCAGGAAGGCUGCAAGGACAUCGCCACUCAGCUUAUUUCCAACAUAGACAUUGAUGUGAUCCUCGGAGGAGGCCGAAAGUUCAUGUUUCCCAAGGGGACUCCAGACCCUGAAUACCCAAACGACUCUGCCCAGUCUGGAACCAGGCUGGAUAACCGGAACCUGGUACAGGAGUGGCUGUCAAAGCACCAGGGAACCCGGUAUGUUUGGAAUCGCACGGAGCUCAUGCAGGCAUCCCAGGACUCAACAGUGACUCACCUCAUGGGCCUCUUUGAGCCAGCAGAAAUGAAAUAUGAUGUCAACCGAAACUCCUCAUUAGACCCUUCCCUGGCAGAGAUGACAGAGGUGGCCGUGCGCAUGCUCAGCAGGAAUCCACAAGGCUUCUACCUCUUUGUAGAAGGGGGUCGUAUUGACCAAGGCCACCACGCGGGCACAGCUUAUUUGGCACUGACUGAGGCUGUCAUGUUCGACUCUGCCAUUGAAAAGGCCAGUCAGCUUACCAAUGAGAAGGACACGCUAAUACUCAUCACUGCUGACCACUCCCAUGUCUUCGCGUUUGGUGGCUACACACACAGGGGGACCUCCAUCUUUGGUCUGGCCCCACUCAAUGCCCAAGAUGGCAAAUCCUACACCUCCAUUCUCUAUGGCAAUGGCCCGGGUUAUGUGCUUGAUUUAGGAGUCCGGCCCAAUGUCACCGAGGUUGAGAGUGGUAAGCCCGAUUACCGGCAGCAGGCGGCUGUACCCCUGUCGUCGGAGACCCACGGCGGGGAGGACGUGGCCAUAUUCGCGCGUGGCCCGCAGGCGCACCUCGUGCACGGAGUUCAGGAACAGAACUACAUCGCACAUGUCAUGGCCUUCGCAGGCUGCCUGGAGCCCUACACCAACUGUGGCCUCGCGCCCCCUUCCGGCCAGAGCAGCGCCAUCACCCCAGGCCAGGCCACCACCACAAACAAUGCAGCCCGCCAGGCCAAUGUCCUGCUGUCCCUGCAGCUGCUGGUCAGCAUGCUGCUGCUAGUAGGGACAGCCAUGGUGGUGUCCUGA